AUGGAGCCAGACGUAUCCGAGUUGCGCCGACUUCUGGCAGAAGCUCAACAACGCGAGGCAGAAUCUCGACAACGCGAGGCAGAAGCUCGACAACUUGCGGCAGAAGCUCGACAACGCGAGGCCGAGACCCGACGUCAACUAAGUGAAGAAAGGAUCCAGACUCGAGAUACCACUCUUCCCGAGUUUCUCGAUGCUUGCCAUGUUCACUUAUUUCUUGGCAUGAAUGUACAAACCUGUAUAGAUUCAUCGACCAAAGGCGACCCGGCAAAUGCAGACAAUAAGCUUCGCCCGGCUAGGAUCCGAGAGUGGGUGGAAUUUCCACAGGAGCAGACAACUAUAUGGGAUAAUCUCAUGUGCGUUGAUCUUGUCGUCCAGCGCCACUUUACGCCGAGGCAUACGCUAGAGCGAUAUGGGCAAGAUGUUCAAGGAAUGAUGGGCUCGGAGCUCGAUCUCGGCUAUUUUGAACGGUUCACGAUCGAAUUGCGUGUCGCCGAGGUCAUAAAGAAGCUGUAUGCAAGUCCUCAACUCCGACGAGUCUUCCACCUCAAUGGGGAUGUGACCUUCGAAAACCAUGCGAACACAUUGACGGACGAAUCAGAGAUAGUGGCCGAUAUGGGAUCUCUGAGCUUGACGCAGGGACAACCGCGCCGCUCACAGCGAUUAGCCGCAAAACAGUCGCAUACUUCUCAACUUCAACUUACGGCUCAGUCAGUUGCGAAUGAUCAAAAUCCUAUGCUGCGAAAGCCCUCUAGACCCCGAGCGGACCAGUUCUGUGUGUACAACAAAGGCCCCGAAGAAAGGGUCCCUGCCUUCAUUGUCGAAUACAAAGCGCCACAUAAGCUCACGCUUGCUCAUAUAAAGGCUGGGCUCUCGGACAUAGAGCUCGACGACGUGCUUUGUUAUCAGGAAGUUGAGAAGCCAGAAGAUACUUGUCGGCGCGUUGUGGCUGCAGUCAUCACACAGGCGUUCUCCUACAUGAUCAAAGCAGGGCUGGAGUAUGGAUAUGUGUGUACCGGCGAAGCAUUCAUAUUUCUUCGUGUUCCACACGAUGAUCCUUCCACCGUGUACUAUUAUCUAUCGCUGCCGAAAGAAGAUGUUGGUGAUACAACUGGAUGGACCGGCAACACAGGCGACGAUAACAGAUUACACUUGACAGCACUCGGCCAGGUGUUGGCCUUUACCCUCCGAGCUUUGCAAACACCGCCGCGAAGUAUUCAGUGGAGAAACUCGGCAGCAAAAAAUCUGGACACAUGGGUAAUGGUGUAUGCAGACCUUUGGGAGGAAGCAGAGAAGGUGAAGGAUGUACCCUGUUCAGAUUCCGAUUUCAUGUCCCCAAAGAGCAGAAACAAAUACUGUCGUAUGUCUCCCGUCAAGACACGAUCAAUGCCUACUGCACUUUUUGAAUCCUGCGUUCCGUUGGAGGUUCCGAGUUCGUCUGGGUUUGAUGAUUCUUCCGACGAAUUCGACUCAAAUACCCCCAGUCGAAGGCCCCGGGAUUCCCGCUUCGCCGGUUCUUCACCCUUGCCACCAUCAUCAACUACAGUAAUAUCCAGAGGAGGCUCUUCCUCACAGGGCAAAUCUCGCCAGUAUUGUACACAGCAGUGCCUCUUAGGCUUGGUCACGAGAGGAAGAUUAGAUGAGAAAUGCCCCAAUGUGCGGGAUCAUGGAGUUGGUCGACACUCAAUCAGUCAGGUGACACUCAUUAGUCUCCUCCAUCGACAACUCUCCAUGCAUGACCCGCGGCCUGACUUGGAGAUAGGAUGCGAUUCCUUGCAUAUUCAUGGCUCACGCGGAGCCCUCCAUAAAGUGACAUUGCUGUCUCACGGGUAUACUUUCGUUGGCAAAGGGGUGCCAGUCGAGUUCGUUAAAUACGCCCAACAUGAGGAAAGUGUGUAUUCGCGUCUUCGACCAAUACAGGGGGUGCACGUGCCGGUUGUACUGGGUGGCUUACCUCUCCGUCAACCAUUCUCUUACGACGGCAUCGCGGAUAUUGUACAUUUGACGUUGAUGGGGUAUGCGGGCAAGACGCUGGCUAAGCCACACGAUGUUGAACCAGAUUGGUUAAUUAAAGAAGCCGAAGUCUCGCUACAUGCUAUUCACGCAUUGGGCGUGCUUCACAAUGAUCCAAUCGCCGGAAACAUGGUCUGGAAUAAGGACAGUGGUCGGGUAAUGUUCAUUGACUUUGAGCGAGCACAGCUCCAAAAAAUACCACGGCCUCCCCUGGAAUCUUUGUCGCCAAAUCAAAAGCGCAAGCAAGCGACGGAUGCAUGGGAAAAGGCUCCUAACAAGCGCUCUACUCGCUUCGAGUGUGAGAUUCGGACCUUGAGGCAUGUCGGGAUAUGGCGUAAAGCUCAUUAA